GGAACCUGUUCGCGCCUACAAGUCCUGUGAAUGCGCUUCUUCGUCGCCGCCUAGGCCGCAGUUCCCCUCAGCGGCCUCCGCUGGGUCUCCCUGGCCCCGGACGCGGCGUUCGGGUGGGUCAUCUGUUUCCUCUCCUGGGCACAAGAAGCGGAAGCUAGAAGGGCGCGGGGAGGAGCUUCCCGUGCGGGGUGAACGCCCGCCCUACGUGCUCGUUCGCCUUACGACCGCUGCGCGCGAGCCCGGUGUCCCGGUGGCGGGCAGCAGCGGCAGAACGCGGAGGGGGCGGAGGGAGCCCGCGGCGGCGGCGGCUGCAGCAGCGAAAUGGCGGAGACCGUGGCGGACACCCGGCGGCUGAUCACCAAGCCGCAGAACCUGAAUGACGCCUACGGGCCGCCCAGCAACUUCCUCGAGAUAGAUGUGAGCAACCCGCAGACGGUGGGGGUCGGCCGGGGCCGCUUCACCACCUACGAAAUCAGGGUCAAGACAAAUCUGCCUAUUUUCAAGCUGAAAGAAUCUACCGUUAGAAGAAGAUACAGUGACUUUGAAUGGCUGCGAAGUGAAUUAGAAAGAGAAAGCAAGGUUGUAGUUCCCCCACUCCCGGGGAAAGCAUUUCUGCGUCAGCUUCCUUUUAGAGGAGAUGAUGGAAUAUUUGAUGACAAUUUUAUUGAAGAAAGGAAGCAAGGGCUGGAGCAGUUUAUAAAUAAGGUCGCUGGUCAUCCUCUGGCACAGAAUGAACGUUGUCUUCACAUGUUUUUACAGGAUGAAAUUAUAGAUAAAAGCUAUACUCCAUCUAAAAUAAGACAUGCCUGAAAUCUGGCAAGAAGGGGGCAAAAAAAGCUUUCCCUGACUAUUAAUGAUUCAUAUGCACCAGUGAAGAAGUUCUAACUAACUUUAGCAUGCUGCACAAAAACUGGUAUAACAUGCCUUCAGUAUACUAACACUCAUAUGCUCAGUUUUGUUUUGUUUUGGCAGUUGACAAGAAGUUAAUUUGCUUUAGUGAUGAAUCCCCUCAUUCCAGCCUUUCUAUAUAGAGCUCUUCCUUGCUGUUUUAAUGUGAUAUACACUCUAGCUUCACAAACCUGUUACUCCAGUAUAAUCUGCACUGUCCUAAGUAAAAUUCCUGACUUGGUCUUACCUACAGUUUUUGUGUCAUGUUUGCUUCUUGAAUCUGAUUAACUAGAAUAUUUCUCUUAUCCCCUUUUUAGUAUGUGGUGUCACUUGACCUAAUUUAUGUGUGGAAGCAUUACACAUUGGUUUCCAGUACCUUACAUGUAAGAUACACACUUGUGUGCAGAAAGUAUCUCCCUUCAAGCUUGUAAUACCCUUCACAUGGAAGAUCAAUGAGGGAAAUCUUUAUAUUCUGUAUAAAAACAAAAUCAAAUUUAUAUACUAAAAUCAUUUGUCUAAAAAUUUAAGUUGUUUUCAAAUAAAAAUAAAAAUGCAUUUCUGAUAUGCA